AGAUGAAAAGCUGAGUGGAGGAGAAAGACAACGGCGGUCAACAGCGACGGCGACGGCGACUGUUAGUCAACUGCAAUGGCGAAACGGCGAAGCCUGAAGACGACGACGAUCAUUACUCUUCUCCUAUGUCUAGUUGCUUUCUCUACUGUUUUUGCGCCUCUUCCUUCGCCUCCCUAUAAUUCCCUCAAACAACGCAAACAUCAUCACCAUCAUUCUCAUCGUCAAGUUGUUAGUGCUCGGAAGUUUGAAAUUGCUGAUGAUAUGUUCUGGAAAGAUGGAGAACCUUUUCGAAUCAUCGGCGGAGACUUGCAUUAUUUUCGUACUCUGCCUGAGUAUUGGGAAGACAGGCUAUUAAGAGCAAAGGCUUUGGGCUUGAAUGCAAUUCAAACUUAUGUUCCAUGGAAUCUGCAUGAACCAAAAGAGGGUCAACUAGAUUUUGAUGGUAUUGCGGAUAUAGUUUCAUUUCUUGAGCUGUGUCAGAAGCUAGAUUUGCUGGUCAUGCUAAGGCCUGGGCCUUACAUAUGUGCAGAAUGGGAUUUUGGUGGUUUUCCUGCUUGGUUACUUACUAAAGAACCAGCUAUCAGACUGAGAUCAUCAGACCCAGCGUACCUUGCUUUGGUUGAUAGCUGGUGGGGGAUACUGCUUCCUAAAGUUGCUCAUCUUCUUUACCACAAAGGAGGGCCUAUAAUUAUGGUUCAGAUUGAGAAUGAAUUUGGUUCAUAUGGAGUUGACAAAGACUAUCUGCAUCAUUUGGUGGACUUAGCACGGUCACAUCUAGGCGAUGAUCUAAUUUUAUAUACUACAGAUGGAGGCACUAGAGACACUCUCACCAAAGGAACAAUACGUGGAGAUGCCGUCUUUUCAGCUGUUGAUUUUUCAACUGGAGAGAAUCCUUGGCCAAUAUUUAAGUUGCAAAAGGAAUUUAAUGCACCAGGAAAAUCACCACCCCUUUCCGCAGAAUUUUACACCGGUUGGCUUACCCAUUGGGGAGAGAAUAUUGCUAAGACGGAUGCAACUUCUACAGCAUCUGCUCUGGAAAAUAUUCUGUCGAGGAAUGGCUCUGCUGUGCUUUAUAUGGCUCAUGGUGGAACCAACUUUGGAUUUUAUAAUGGUGCAAAUGCUGCUCAGGAAUCCGACUACAAUGCUGAUCUUACAUCCUAUGAUUAUGAUGCUCCUAUUAGUGAGUCUGGCGAUGUGGAUGGUGCAAAGUUCAAAGCAUUGCGGGGGGUUAUAGCCAAGUACAGUUCAGGUUCUCUCCCUCCAGUUCCUUUGAAUAAGAAAAAGACAGGAUAUGGUCGUAUUCGAUUAGAAAAAACAGCAUCUUUAUUUGAUGCACUGGACAGUAACACACACAUCAAAGCUAUCGAAUCUGAGAACCCAAUUUCAAUGGAGGCUGCAGGCCAGAUGUUUGGAUUCUUAUUAUAUGCCUCUGAAUACGUAACGGAGGGUAAUGGGAGCAGUUUGUUUAUACCAAAGGUGCAUGACCGAGCGCAAGUGUUUGUUACAUGCAUCUCUGAAGAUCAAAGAGAACAACCACAUUAUGUUGGCACAAUCGAUAGAUGGUCAAAUAAACAUGUUAAUCUUCCUAACGCUGAAUGUGCUUCCAGAAGUAGAUUGUUAAUUCUGGUUGAAAACAUGGGUCGUGUGAAUUACGGGCAGUACUUGUUUGAUAGCAAAGGCAUCCUGUCUACUGUUUACUUAGAUGGGAAACCUCUGCUCAAGUGGAGAAUGCUACCAAUUCCUCUUAACAAUUUGAAUGAAGCCCAGAAGAUCAAUCCUGUUUUCGACAGGGCAUAUCCAAAUUUCGAUGGAGUUUCUACCCGUAAAAGCCUGAAAAGCAGCCUGGGGGUGCAUUCAAAAGAACCAGCUUUCUAUUCUGGUAGUUUUGUUGUCAAGGAAGUAAUGGACACAUACAUGUCUUUCAAUGGCUGGGGUAAAGGGGUAGCAUUUGUCAAUGGCUUCAAUAUCGGGAGAUUCUGGCCGUCUUUUGGACCCCAGUGUAACCUCUAUGUCCCUGCUCCGAUUCUCCGGCGUGGAAAGAACAUCUUGGUGAUACUCGAGUUAGAAAGUCCGGAAGUUGAGCUAGUGGUAAACUCAGUUGACCAGCCAGACUUCACUUGCAGUUCCAAACAUUUUGAGGGCAGGUCAGCUAUAAAUUAACCAUUCGAUCUUCAUUUCCGACCACAUCGAAAUAUCAAUUAAAAGGUAUGAUCAUGUACCCUUUUACGAAUUUAUUCAGCACUUCUGCAUUUUCUAAUCAAAUUACGGAAACAAUAAACAUUAAUAGCAGACUACGGGCUGUUUGGUUGGUUUUCCAU